AUGAAUGAAGAAUCAGGACAUCAGGAAAAGAGUUCUCCUGUCCUUACAACUGGGUGUACAACCGUGACACGGACUAUUGCUACUACUUGCAAAAUAUUGAAUAUACGGGUGGUGAGAACUGGAGGCUCUACAACUUCUCGACAGCCGAAUUGGAAUGCCAAGAAUCGGGCCCGAAUUCCCAUCUUGCGUCCAUACAUUCGCCCGGAGAAAACACCUUUGUUGCAACAAGAAAACAAUGAUAAACUAGUCGUUGAAAGUCAAGUGUAUCACGCUAUGAUGGGGAACGACCAAAGUUGUAGUGUCCAAAGUUGGGCAGGUGGUGGUGUGGCCAAUCUAUACGCUCGCUUCGUUUGCAAGAUGCCGUCCAAGGGCUUCUCCACCGCCAUCCAAAUGGAACGAAUGGCGAAAAACAAGAACUUU